CCUAUUUUUCUAACACAUUUGCUUGUGAUUUUCACGUGCUUUUAUAAACAAGAAUUUCAGUUUAUAGGUGAUUUAAUUAGACCUUAAAACUGUAAUAAUAUGUAAUGUUGUGAAGAAACAUGCAUCGAAUAAUAUCGGCAAGGAAUUUGUCUCAAAAUAGUGUAAAAUACGGAUUACCAUUGCCUUCAAGUUUUAGCUUUAGAAAUAAAACUACAGUACAACUGAAAUGCCAAUUUUGUCGCAAAGUUCUUCUAGCUUCUCACGUACCAGAGAAGCUUUUAGCGGUACGCCAUCAAUCUACGAGAACGGCUAACGCUGUAAAAUCACAAAAAAAGAAAGCUAGAAACAAAAAUUAUAAGAAAUAUGGGGAACUCUUGGCAGUAAACGACAGUAGCAUGAAAGAAAUGAAGGUGUCCAUCAGCAAGUUCAGUGCUUCUCAACUUUCAAAGCUAGCAUCCAGUUCUGUCUCAUUGGGACAGCUGCAUCAACUGUCAACGACGCCAAAGACUUCCAACAUAGAAGUGGACAAGGAACUACUAAACUCUGUCAGAGAGAAGAUACUUAGGAAAUCACCAGUAGUCACAAAACACGACGAAAAAUGUGCUCUUGUAUUCACAAAUCACAAAAUUGCAACAAUAGAGGAAAAGUUAAAGACCAAACAAAUUAUAGACUCGAUAAAGGAGAGCUACUAUAGCUUUAGGAAGGCAACAUUGUAUGAUCAAAGAUUACAGGAUCUGCAGUAUGCAAUAAACGAAGGUGUAAACCAAGAGUUUGAUCUGAACUCCAAUUUUAAUCCGAAUUUAAGUACAUCCCAUACAACUGCUACGAAAAGUCCUCAUGCAAUAUUUAGGGAGCUAUUCAUAGAUAAUAACAAUUUAGAUAGUUUUGACCAUGAUUUUAUGAACAACCUGUCUAAUUUACAAAUGCAAGGCUUGGUACAUCCAUCCAUUGACUGUGAUGAUCCUGGCAUGCAUGGAGAAAUAGAUGAAGUUAAUCCAUUGCUUGAUGAGAAUUCCAAGGAAUCUGAACUUAAAACACUAAAUAUCAAAAAGGCGAAGCAAGCUAUCAAAGCAAAGAAGAAGAAGAUCCGUGAGAAACGUCGCGUGGUCCAGGAGAAGAGUAUGAAGCAGGACAUGCGCGACCUGGAGAGGCGUGGCAAGCAGGAGGGGCUGGAGCGGUUGCUGGCCUCGCACCUCCACCUGCUGUGCUCCCUGGAUAUGGCUGCUGAGGGCCGACAAGUAUUACAGUAUUACAGACAGAAAAGGUCUAGGGUCCCAGAUCAUCCUAAAAUAGAAGAUGUCAGAAUAUUCAACACUUUAUUACAUGGCUUUGCUUCUAAGGGUCAACUAGAGAGUACAGAAGAGUUGCUGUCCUUUAUGUCAGAGGAUGGCAUACAGCCGAAUGCUCAGAGCUACGCCGCGAUAUUCGAGUGCGUGGAGCGGAGUGAUGUGGAAGACAAGAUAUCAGUAUUAAACAAUUACUACUCAGAGAUGCAGGAAAAGGGCAUAACUCUUAACGACAUUUUCGACAAAAGCAAGUUUCUGUAUGAUCAACGUGAAGUCAUACUCCAAGCCGUCCAACAUAUAGAACCGAAUUUUGAGCCAGUGUACACACUGCCUAUACUCGACUACGACUGUCCCCUACUAGAGAACCUAAAGCUGAGUAAUAAGGAGAACAGAUUGGGUCUAUUGCAUUCUCCUGCACAGGGUCUUAUGACCGUUGAAGACUUGUAUAACAAGGGCAAGGAACAGUUGGAAAUGGAAAUGUCCGGAGAGAUCCAAGUACAGAAUGUGUCGGUCAAGGGUGAGGAGUCGGAAACAGUUAAAGCUUAUAGACAAACACUCAAAGAUACGGAAGAGAGUUGGCGCGACAAAGUUCGUGAGGCGUUCGUGCGGAAUCUCGGCACGCUGCGCUCGCGUAGCAGCGCGUCGCAUACGCCCGUCUCGCUCUAUCCUUACUUGAAGGUGUUGGAGGUGGAGGAGUACGUUGAUCUGAUGCUGAACGAGGUGACCAAGCUGGUGGACGGCAGCGAGUCCUUUAGCCCCACUCUCAAGCUGUUGCAGCGGGAGCUCGGCACGCAGGUCUACCACAAAUACCAAAUGCAGCAAUACAAAACCAAUGGCUACUUGACGAAGCUGGACGCGGUGUACAAACAGUACUGCCGCUGGUACCUCGAGCGUCACCCACUAGAUGACGACGGCACGCCUCUCAACAAUCGGCAGGCGUGGCAGACCAUCGUGCACCGCAACAGCUGGGGCGCCAGCCUGGACGUGGAGGACAAACCGUGGCCGCUGGAGAUGCGACAGAACAUCGGCAAGUUCCUCUACAACAUCAUCAUCAACGACAUCAAAAUCAACGUCAACAUGUUCAAGCCGAAAGCCAAAGAGAAGCUCCUCCCAGCUGUAUACAAAGUCCACCGCCCCUGGGGUCGUCUAGUGCGGCUGGAGUUGAAGCCCCACCCCACUCUGACCCGCCUGGCCGCGGCCGCCGCGCGCCCCGUGCUGCGCCUCCGCGCCGCCCUCGCCCCUACACGCGCGCCCCCCGCGCCCUGGCACUCCGCCACCGCGCCGGGGGCGUAUCUACUGACCGACACGCCCCUCGUCAGAAUGCCGUUCUUCAUCACAAGUGGCACUCGGCGGCUGGAGGAGGCGCCGCCCGCGCAGCUCUACCCCGCCCUCGACAGCCUAAACCAGCUGGGCGAGGUGCCGUGGGUCAUCAACACCAGGGUCCUCGACCUCCAGAUGCAAGUGUUCAGAGCUGGCGGCGACAAGAACCUAGACAUACCGCCGCCGGCGUCGUCGCUUGACGCGUCGUCGUUCGGACCGGCUAGCGAUGCCGCGUCCGCGCACCGCCGCCGCGCCGCCAUGUCGCGCGCCAGAGCGGAGAUGCACUCGCUGUGGUGCGACACCCUGUAUAAACUGUCGCUGGCUAACCAUUACAGAGACGCGACGUUCUGGCUGCCUCACAACAUGGACUUCCGCGGGCGCGUAUACGCAGUCGGCCCGCACGUAUCCGCACUGGGAGCGGACGCGGCGCGCGCGCUGCUUCGCCUGGCGUACACGCGCCCGCUCGGCCCGCGCGGCUUACGCUGGCUGAAGUUACAUGCCAUCAACCUGACUGGCGCUAAGAAGCGUGCAACGUUAGAUGAGCGGUUGGAGUACGCAGACAGUAUAAUGGACCAGAUCCUGGACUCGGCGGACCGGCCGCUGAACGGCGCUGGCUGGUGGCGUGAGUCUGAAGAGCCGUGGCAGACGCUCGCCUGCUGCAUGGAGAUCGCCAACGCUGUGCGCUCGCCUAACCCUGAGGAGUACAUGUGCGGGUUCCCGGUGCACCAGGACGGGUCGUGUAAUGGUCUGCAGCACUACGCGGCGCUGGGCGGAGACGCGGGGGGCGCGGCCGCCGUCAACCUCGCGCCCGCGCCCCGCCCCCAGGACGUGUAUAGCGAGGUCGCCGCGCUGGUAGAGACAAUGCGUGCGCGGGACGCAGCAGCGGGCGUGCCACAGGCGAAAGUGCUCGAAGGCUUCGUGCGGCGAAAGGUCAUCAAGCAGACUGUCAUGACUACUGUCUACGGAGUGACACGGUUUGGAGCUAGACUGCAGAUCGCUAAGCAGCUAAAAGACAUAUCGGAGUUCCCCAAGGAUCAGGUCUGGUCGUGCUCGCAGUACCUGACCGCCAAGACGUUCGACAGCCUGCGCGAGAUGUUCACAUCCACCAAGCUCAUACAGGACUGGUUCACGGAUUGUGCCAAGCUAAUAUCAAGCGUAUGUGGUGAGAGCGUGGAAUGGGUGACGCCGCUCGGUCUGCCGGUCCUGCAGCCGUACUACCGCCGCGCAUCCAACACCCGCACGCCGCUUGAUCUGACGCAACGUCCGUGCACGAUGAAGCAGCGCAACGCGUUCCCGCCCAACUUCAUCCACUCGCUGGACUCGUCGCACAUGAUGCUGACGGCGCUGGCGUGCGCCGCCGCGCCGCGCCCGCUCGCCUUCGUCUCCGUGCACGACUGCUACUGGACGCACCCCGACACCGUCGACGUCAUGAACCGGAUAUGCCGUGAGCAGUUCGUGGCGCUACACUCGCAGCCAAUACUGGAGGACUUGUCCAAAUUUAUGGUUGAAAAAUACAGCUACCCCGAGAGUGAAAUCAUCGAGUACACGACGGGUGUGGCGAACAAGAAACGCGUUAACUCGGUCCUACAGAAGGUUCCAGAGAAGGGUACAUUCGACAUCAAAAGUGUCCUCGACUCGGUGUACUUCUUCAGUUGAAAACGUUGACAAGUAUGUUUGUGUCUGAUUUUUGGUGCUGAUUGUACUUUAUCCCUCUUACUAAUUAAGAUAUUUACGCAGCCUAU